AUGUCAAGCACAUACAUAGACAAGGAGCUCAUAAGUAUCCAAGACUUUGAGCAUAGAGUCUACAUGCAUCUUCGCAGACAACUCGGCCUGAUCCCCCUCCCUAAUGAAGCCGCAAUAGCAACAUCAUCAACAUCACUACCUCCACUCAUCCCCAUGCGUAAUCCAGCUCGUGGGACUCACUCUGCAAAUAUC